CGGAGCGAAGAAGAGAAAGAAAAAAGAAAGGGAGAAAAGUGUGCGGCGGUGAUCAUGAGUCACGGUACCGAAUUACGCCCUUCGGGAUGAUGAUGAUGAUGAUGAUUAUAAUGAUAAUGGUGAUGAGAAUGAGGAUGAGGAUGACGAUCGCCAUGACGAGAUCGCGCGUGUGAUAAAUACGCCCUUUACGUGCCACGUGCGUAUCGAAAUCGAGAGCGAGCCUUCCCCCCUCUGCCCCUGUCUCCCCCCCUCUCACCUGAGUGCAAGCGAUAUCGAUGAUUCGCGGAAAUCGGUUCGAAUCGGCAACAGCCUCGUUUCGAAACGUGGAGGACGACAUUCGUGCGUGUUUCUGGUGAAAAGAAGAAGAAGAAGAAGAAGAAGAAGAAAAAAAGUGAGAAGAAGAAAAUUGUGUGAUAAUUCCAUAAGUGCCGAUUUACCGAUUUUUCUCAUUGUCGUCUCGUUCCAUCCGAUCGAUCGGAUCGGUUAAUGUUCGACCGUCUCGAGUCCGCGCUCCUCCAACUACGUGGUGCGAUUUGUGGUGCCGAUCGGUGGUGAUACACGCUCCGGUACAUCAAUGUAUGUCACGUGCAUGUACCGUCCUCGUCGCCGCAAUCACGGGAUUUCGGGUCGUCGGCUCGUGGAGAUGCUUCGUGACUCCUCGAGAGAGUCUUAAGGGAAACACCCGCCGACCGCCGACCGCCUUUCCUUGGAUACCAUCGUUAUUGGAUUAAUUGGAUUACGGACGAUUCGGAACAACGACAAACAAAGACGAUGUAUACUGACGGUCUCCUCACGCUCCACUAUGGGAAGCAUCCGGCGACCUUGGCCGCGGAGGUAGGAGCCUGGUACACCGGGGACCGUCACGUGGACGUGACGUUGGCAUGCGACGAUGGGUCGGUGGUGAAGGCCCAUCGCGUUGUUUUGGCCGCAGCUAGUCCCCUUUUGGCUAGUCUCCUUCGCAACCCCGCCCUGGACCACGUGGUCCACUUGUCAGGGGUGCGAAAAACCCAGCUCACCCACCUCCUGGAAUUCCUCUACAACGGAGAAGCCCUGAUCCCGUCGACGGAGCUCACGCCACUCAGGGAAUUGUUCGAGCUUCUCCAGAUAAAGUCGGAGCUGUUCGAGCCUAACCAACCGCAGACCUCCACCAACUCCGACCCCGAAAGGAUACCCACCCCCCAACCCUCCGAGGGCCAGGAGAGCUCCAGCUACGAAUCGCAGUACGACGGCAGACAGUCCAACAAUCCCGCGGACUGUUGCUCGGUGCUCAUAAAGACGGAGGGAUGCGAGGAGGAAGCGGAGGUGGACGUGGAAGGCGUGGAGGAGGCGCUGCUCACCGAGGGGAACAGGGAGAGCAGCAUAGAACCGCCGAGGCGGAGGGACAGCUCCGACCCCGUCAAUCUUAGCCUGAACUCGGGCACCUCCACGACCAGCGAGAGCUCCCACGACAUCGUGCCCAGGCCGGAGAAACAAUUGCUGGAGAGGCGGGAGUCGCUGGAGGAGGCGGAGGAGAGGAGGAGGCAGCUAGCAGCCCGGCUCGCGCUGGGCCUGGAGCCGGGGAAGCGGAAGCCGGAGGAGAUACCGAUCCCGCCCGCGGAGGCGUACAUAGUGACGCCCCACAGGAAGCGGAGGCCAGGCUUCCACAACGCGCCCGCACAGAACCCUGCCUUCGUCCCGUUCAACCCUGGAUUCGAGACGCCGAGGAGGUUGCAAGCGCCCCGUCCCCUCAGCGUCUCCACACCCCCCUACCUGGACAGGUCGGUGACGCCGCCCGGUGGAUCGCACAGGCCGCCAAGCGCUGACCCGGCGACGGCCGCUGGCCUGGAACCGCCGUGGGGCUCUUGGGCCCUUCCCUCGACCAGGGCCCCGCCGCCCCCGCCCACCGACGACCCGCCGAAAUCUACCCCGGUGCGCGAGUACAGGUGCAGCUACUGCGGGAAACAGUUCGGGAUGUCGUGGAACCUCAAGACCCAUCUCAGAGUGCACACCGGUGAGAAACCGUUCGCGUGCAGGCUGUGCGUCGCCAUGUUCAAGCAGAAGGCCCACCUGUUGAAGCACCUCUGCUCGGUGCACAGAGGGGUGAUAGCGGCCCCGGACAACACCUUCACCUGUUGCUUCUGCUCGUUGAGCUUCGACAGCCUUCAAGAGCUCAUCAGGCAUCUGUCCGGGCCCCACAACAAUCUCCUCCUGAGCAAGAAUCUGCACGACUAGCGACGCGGAUCAAGCCCGACGACCGCCCCCUACCCCUCCCGUCGCCUUCGUCGUCGUCCCCCCCCCCGCCCCCGCAAACCCUCCCCGAAUAUCUCGAGAAUCGAUCCGGGAAAGAGCGAAACGGAAUUCGGAUAUCAGGGAGAAGUAAUAAACGCGCGAGUGCCUUUCAAGUGAAUUCAACAACUUUUCCGUGAUCGACGAGAUACGAUAAUGAUAAUGAUAAUGAUAAUGAUAAUGAUAAUGAUAAUAAUAAUAAUAAUAAUAAUGGUCUCCUCUUUCGCCAUAUUUUUAAAUAUAUCGAUCUCGAGAUGAUCUCGAGAGUAUUCGUUGCUAUUAUUAUUAUUACGAAAACAAUUUUCUCCGAGGAUAAACUCGCGCGCUCGUAAAAUUUUCGUAAAUUCUAAAUCAUACUUUUUCGACGAACUUUUCGUGAUUUUUUUUUUCGCGAAUCUUUUUUCCCCCCCUCUCCCCCCUUUCUUCGAGAGAGAAAUAACGGCAAGAAGCAUCGAAAGAACCUUUCGCGAUUAAAAAAGAAGAAAAUAGAAAAAAGCGUUACGUCGUUUUCGCGAACGAUUUCAACAAGUUAUACUCGAAAACGAUGCAACGAAUUCGCCACAUUGUUUAUUAUUAUUAUUAUUAUUAUUAUUAUAAUAAGCGAUGACCAGUAACUCUGACCAAAUAACAUAUUUCCGGCGAUCGACGGAUUCGUGUAUCGGAAGUGUGUGUGUGUGUCGGACUAAUGUUCAACGGUCUCCUCGCGUUAAGGAAACGUUAAGAGAGUCGAAAAAAGAAACGAGAAUAAAGUAUAUAUAAAAAUAUAAGAAGAAGAAAAAGAUAGAAAAGAUACAUAAACAUAUAUAUAUAUAUAUAUAUAUGAAACGAAGAGAGGCGAAGAGAGUCGAGAGUCAAUUACGACCGUUUGUGACCGCAGAUAAAAGAGCGCCGUAAUAAUUUAUCGAUCGAUCGAGCAAAGUAUACAUGCAUACAUACAUACAUACAUAGAGAGUGUAUUAUUCGCGCAAAGUGAAUUCGAAACGCAUCCUUCUCUCGUCGCGUCUUUACUUAUUCGAGCAAGGAAGAUAGAGAGGGAGAUUGCUUUGUUAAGAAAAAAAACGCUUCCCGUUCGCGUCACGUGACACACAACAGAGCCGCAGCAAAAAAAGGAGAAAGAGGAGAAGAAAGAGAAGGAGGAGAAGAAGAAAAAGAAGAACCUCUCGUUUACCUCAGAUCGCGCGCAAAACAAUCUCACAAAUGUGUAAAUAAUAAUAAUAAUACCGUUUUACCGUUUUAUGUAGUAGGUAGUAGGAAACAAUGCGGACGGAUUUAAUUUAUUUUACACUUUGAAAAAAGGGACCAACUGAUUUUUCCACCGAUUUCUGUCUUAGGUAGAUUUUAGGUAUCCUGCCCUGUCAAUCGCCUCGAACAAAUUUGCUUUGCUGGAAAGAGAGAGAGAAAGAGAGAGCUGUGAAAAGUCGGUAUUCGGAAGGGAAAAAGAGGAAAAAGGAAGAGAGAGAGAGAAAAAAAAGAGGGAAAAAAAAAAAAAAAGAAAAAAAUUGUCUAAUCAUAAACAACGCGGAUAAAAAAGGAUACGAUCGGGCUGUUCUCUUUUCGUCCCGCGAAGAGGAGGAACAUUUAUCGGGCGAUUUUAAGAUGGAAGAAACGACAAUAAUUGUUGUUGUUGUUGUUGUUGUUGUUGUUGUUAUUAUUUUUUUUUUCAAACUGUUGUCCAGAGAGAAAGAGAGAGAGAGAGAGAGAGAGAGAGAGAGAGAGAGAGAGAGAGAGAGAGAGAGAGAGAGAGACGUUGAAGAAACGUUGCCCAAUGUUCUUCCACGUGAUUCAACAAUCCUCGUCUUCCAAUCGAUCGUGAACAACAACCUUCCUCCCUUUUUAUCCUUAUCCCAUCUUGCGUUCUUUAUCCAUCCACGCGAAACGUUUGUUUGGUAUCUCAGCGACUCGAGUGCCUUGUCAAAAUGGGUCCAAAAAUUGGUCGAUUGGGCAGUGAUUUCAUGUGUUCAUAGGCUUAAGAUUACGCGUAAGAUGAUGACGAAAUACACGAGCUCGCUUAGGAAUUGAAAACGAAAAAAAAGCGUUAAUUAAUUUUCACGUAGAGAAAGAAGAGAUGUUUUUAAUUAUCACUCGAAUUAAUAAUCCAAGUUUCGUUAGGAUUCUCUUAGAUAGAUUGUUUUUUUUUUUUUUAAGUAGUAGGCUUUUGUUUCUCUAAUUUCUUUUUUUUUUUUUUGUUGGCGCAGGACGUCAUGAGUUUUUUUUUUUUUUGUAGAUAGGUAUUUACUACCUAAGGUGCCUUGAAGAAGGGCCUCGACCUCUCUUUAGCUCCUUGGCCAUACGAAAAUCUCGGGGACGAGAUGGAACGAGCGAUCUUGGACAAACAAAGGAACGCGAAUAAUUAAUCUUAAGAAUUGGAUCGAAAUUUUCUCGCGCGAAACAUUCCAUCUCGUGAAAAACAUUGACUUUGCGAUAAAAAACCACGAUAAAAAUCUAUCGAGUUUAACCUAACAUCGAAAAAACCCUAUUGUAAAGAAGGAAAUUUCUCUAAAGCGUAUCUGCUUCUUUUUUAAGGAUCUUCCAUAUAAUGAAUGAAUAAACGGUCGAUAAAAUCAUCUCAUUCCAGUCCGUAGAAUUUCCAUAGUGUUCGCAAAAACAUUCUAUCCCGAACGAGGAUGAGAUCGCUCGUUCCAUUUUCGCCUUUGGCGUGUAUACACGCAUAUACGCGGCGUGUAUGGAAGUGAGAAAAAGAAAAAAAAGGGAAAAAAAAAAAAAAAGAAAAAAAAAUGAAAAAGAAAAAGGAACGUAAGAAGAGGUUAGAGGGGUGGUGUGCGCUCUCAUUUAAGCCAGGCAAAAAUGGCCAGCACAAAACAGUGAACGCAAUGUGAUACUAAAUGAUAAUAAAGAUAAAUGAUAAUUAUUGUUUAGCGUGCAAACGCGCUUCGGCGAAACUCGCAGGCUCGUGGCUCUUUUAAAUAAAAAAGGAGAAGAAAAAAGAAAAUAUAUAUAUAUAUAUAUACAUAUACAUAUACGUAUAUAUAUAUAUAUAUAUAUGUAUAUGUAUAUAUCUAUAUAUAUAUAUCUUUCGAACGCGAGAGGAAAGAAAAAGUUAAAUAGACAUCCGAUCUUUUUUUUUCUGCGAGCCGCCUAAAUAAUUUUUUCUAGUAACUAACUUUUCGUCGUUUCUCUUUCCAACCCUCUCUCCUCCCUUCAAACCCCCUCGUCCAACCCCCCUUGUCCCCUCUUCUCGAUACAUAAGCGCACUAGGUUUACGUAUAUAGAUUAUUUUACCGUUAAUUAGUUACGUUUAUUGUGUAUACACACACACACACACACAUACAAGUACAUACAGAGGACACGUAUACGCAUACAUACACAAACAAAAAUACACGACACUCGCGGCCAGAUGUCCUAAGGAAAUACGAAAUAAUUAUUAUAGGAGAUAAAUCAUUCUCGAUCUUUUUUUUUUUCAACUUCAAUUUUAUCACGGAAAGAGAAAAAAAAAAUCUUAAAAAAUUUGCUCAAUAUUUUAUUCGAUAAUAAUUUUUAUAUGAGGUCGAGAAAGUGGAUAAUCGAUCGAAGUUAAAAUGUUUUAAGAAUUAAUUUUUCGAGUCGUUAAAUCGAAAUGGAAAUUUAUGAAAAAUUUUUUUGGCAGCUUUGUCGGAAUGAGAUAAUAACAAUCGCGUUGAUUUUUUUCGAAUUUUCUCGAUUGUUUGUUCUUCGGGCAUCUGGCCAGAGUGUCUCCAAGUAGAAUUUAAGCAUCUUCCGAGCGGAGAAAAACGUUUCUCCGCGUGCUUUCUUAGUGUUCAUAGAUUUACAAGAAAUAAAUUAAUUGAGAUGAGAAAAGAA